GAAUUUUUCCGCUGCGUUCCCAGUGAUUAUGUAUCUGAUUGGAGGGGUUCAUUCUCUAGUUGAAUUUACGAACUUUGAGUGUGAGUCAUUGGAUAGAAGCUUUUGCAAUAUCGAGUACUGUCACAUAAAAUCCGUGAACCGGACGUACAAAUACAUUUCCAUUAAAGUUAAUCUCUUAAAAACCCCGGUGACCUCAGUCAAGGUGAAUUCGGGCCUUUACAAUCGCUUGAGUGGCUAUAAGCCGUUUCUCUACAACGUAACUGUAGAUGGCUGCAAAUUUCUUAAAAAUCAGAACUCCAAUCCCGUUACUAAGUUCAUUUACGGUGUUUUCAAAGACUCUUCCAAUAUGAACCAUACCUGCCCUUACGAUCAUGACAUAGUGAUGGAAAAGCUAUCAACAGAGUACCUGAAUCAUCAAAUCACCAAAAUUCUACCUUUUCCUGAAGGGAAAUAUAUGGUUCAAAUGAACUGGAUCGCGUAUGACAUUAACCGAGCUAUAACUCGACUAUAUUUUACACUCUCCUAAAACCCAAAAUCCCGAUGUACGUGUACACAGAGAGAAAUCAACAGA